CCUGCCCAGAACCCGCCCGCUUGUGAAAGGAGAAGAAGGGAGAGAGGCAGUUGGGGCUGGGCUGCUGGACGCGCCGCUUCAGACUUACAAAAGAACCGCGAGCGCCCGGGAGGCAGUUGCCUUGGGGGGGGUGAGCCUGACGCCCUCUGCCUUUGUUGUCUAGCGAUCAAGCCAUCCGCCUGCCGAGCUUUUCUUUCCGCGGGACCGUGAGAGCGCGUGGCCAAGAUGGACCCUCUCCGCAGCGAGGAGACCGAGGGAGAAAUUCCUGGCCUGACAACGGAAGGUGAAUCUGAGCCAAGUCUUGCUUCCAGCAUGAUGUUGAAUGUUGAGGGCGGUGAGGGCUUCGUGGUGAAGGUGCGUGGGCUGCCUUGGUCCUGCUCCGCCGAGGAGGUCCAAAGGUUCUUCUCCGAAUGUAAAAUUCAAAAUGGAUCUUCAGGCAUCCGUUUCAUCUAUACAAGAGAAGGCAGACCAAGUGGAGAAGCUUUUGUUGAACUUGAAACAGAAGAUGAUGUGAAAUUGGCACUGAAGAAAGACAGAGAAACAAUGGGACACAGAUAUGUUGAAGUUUUCAAGUCAAACAACGUUGAAAUGGAUUGGGUUCUGAAGCAUACUGGUCCUAACAGCCCUGAUACUGCUAAUGAUGGUUUUGUACGUCUUAGAGGACUCCCAUUUGGCUGUAGCAAAGAAGAAAUUGUACAGUUCUUUUCAGGGUUGGAAAUCGUGCCAAAUGGGAUAACAUUGCCGGUGGACUUCCAGGGGAGGAGUACGGGGGAGGCCUUCGUGCAGUUUGCUUCACAGGAAAUAGCUGAAAAGGCUCUAAAGAAACACAAGGAAAGAAUAGGGCACAGGUAUAUUGAAAUCUUCAAGAGUAGUCGAGCAGAAGUCCGUACUCACUAUGAUCCUCCCCGCAAAUUACUGGCCAUGCAGAGGCCAGGUCCUUAUGACAGGCCUGGUGUUGGAAGGGGCUAUAACAGUCUUGGCAGAGGAAGUGGUUUUGAAAGAAUGAGACGUGGAGCUUAUGGUGGAGGCUAUGGAGGCUAUGAUGACUACAAUGGAUACAGUGAUGGCUAUGGCUUUGGUUCUGAUAGAUUUGGAAGAGAAUGGACUCUUCUCUCCGCAGGUAUGUCGGACCAUAGAUACGGAGAUGCGAGUUCUACAUUCCAAAGCACAACUGGUCACUGCGUACACAUGAGAGGAUUACCUUACAGAGCUACGGAGAACGACAUUUAUAACUUCUUUUCACCUCUGAACCCUGUAAGAGUCCACAUUGAAAUUGGACCAGAUGGUAGAGUGACCGGAGAGGCAGAUGUUGAAUUUGCUACUCAUGAGGAUGCUGUGGCCGCCAUGUCCAAAGACAAAGCAAAUAUGCAACACAGAUAUGUAGAACUCUUCUUGAAUUCUACAGCAGGAGGAAGUGGUGGUGCAUAUGGCAGCCAAAUGAUGGGAGCAAUGGGAAACCAAUCCAGUUAUGGUGGUCCUGCUAAUCAGCAGCUGAGUGGGGGUUAUGGAGCAGGCUAUGGCACUCAAAGCAGCAUGAGCGGAUAUGGUAAUCAAAGCGCAAUGAACAGCAGUUACUACAGCAGUGGAAACCGUGCAUCAAUGGGAGUGAAUGGAAUGGGCGGGAUGUCCAACAUGUCCAAUAUGAGCGCUGGCUGGGGAAUGUAACUGACUGACUUUUGGUCAACCUUUUUUAAAAAAACAAAACAAAACAAAAAACUAAGUUUAACAGUUUUGCAAUACAAGCUUGUGAUUUAUGCUUUACUGUAAGUGAAAUCAGGAUUAUUUUAAAACUUCAGGUUCAGUAUUUUUGAACACAUGGAAAUAAACAUUCACUUAGGGUGUAAUAACCAAGUUGAGUAAAGACUAUAACUGUUAAACAAUUUUCAGCUUUUUCUCAAGUUAGUUUUGUUGUAGGAGCGUAUUUAAACAGUAAGCGUAUUUAGGUUAAAGCUGUUUCAAUUAUGUUAAAUGUUGCUCUUUUACCAUAUUACAUCCAACACUGUUUUGAAUGCAUGUUGAGAAACAUGCUUUUUUGUAAACUGAAAUAUAGGGGCUAUGUCUGCAAUUCAAAGUGAACAUUUGGCAUGUUAGUUCUAGUUUCUUUCUUUUAAUAUCUUGUAAGGCACGUUUAAGCUUUUUUUUAAGUUAAUGGGGAAACAUGUUGAGAUGUGAUACAGCUACUUUAGGAUUUUGGUCUUGGUGUUCGUAUAAAAUUCUGAGGCCUGAGUUAAUCUUUCAUUGUAUGGUGAUUUCUUUUUUUAGGUGUAUUGCGCUAAGUGAAACUUGUUAAAUAAAUCUUCCUUU